GCGCGCACGCGCAACUAUCCAUUCAGUAUUACUCCGGUACUCGUUGUGAACUAAUCAAUUAUUAGUAUAGUAUAGUGGUAAUUUUAUUUAUUUAUUUAGUUUGUUAUAGUGCAUUUUUAAAUUAAGACAAUGUUCCGCUAUCUAGUCCUAUUCCUGGCGUGUUUACGGCUGGAGGUGACCAGCUAUUCGGUCGCCAACGAGGUUAUCAGCGAGCCUGAGCUGAUAUUAGCAUUCGUCGUCAACCGUCACGGCGACAGGUCGCCAGACUCCGACGAGCUCUCAUUAUCAAAGAUCGCAGAUUAUCUCAAAAAUCUCACCUAUAUAGAGGGGCUGGAAGGAUUGACAAACGUCGGCAAACGCCGCGCCUACCAGCUCGGCAAAUUCCUCCGCCAACGGUACGGCUCCCAGGGCCUCAGCAUCCUCUCCGACCUGUACUUGAAGGACGAGCUGUCCGUCCGCUGCACGGACAAGGAGCGUACGAAGAUGACGGCCCUGGUGGCGAUGGCGGCGGCCUAUCCGCCGGAGCUGGAACAGCAGUGGGACGAGGCCGUUGGUAAAGUGUGGCAGCCCGUGCCGUACACCACUGUGCCGCUCGAACAAGACUAUUUACGCUUCUACUCCACCUGCCCGCACUUCACGUCACUCUUGAAGGAUGCCAAGAUGGCGGCCGUCAACCAAGAGUUCGCGCCAUACUCCGACCUGAUCCCACUUCUGAUGAAGGAGACCGGCCACAACUUCACAGAGAACCCGGUUCUGUUCCAGACAUUAGUGGAUUUGUUCAAAAGCCAGAUAAGCCUGGGUGUGGAUAUCCCGGACUGGUCUAAACCUAUCCUGCCUCGCCUGACGGAAGCUUCUCUCCUGGCCUACAGGCUCUUCUUUAAAACUAAGGACCUGAAGAUGAUCGGGGGAGGCGUGCUCCUCCACAAGUUCCUUGAGAUCGCAAAAGCCGCAACCACCGGCAAAGCCUUCAAGAAGCUGAGCCUAGUCUCCGCCCACGACUACAACAUGGGCGGGUUGAUGGCCGUGUCGAGGGUCGCGGGCGACGAGCGGAUCAUGCCGGCCUACGCGUCGCUGUUCUCGCUGGAGCUGUACAGGUCCAGGGGCGGCGUGUACAGUGUACUGGUGAGUUAUGAUAUAGAUGAGCCUAGUCUCCGCCCACGACUACAUGGGCGGGCUGAUGGCCGUGUCGAGGGUCGCGGGCGACGAGCGGAUCAUGCCGGCCUACGCGUCGCUGUUCUCGCUGGAGCUGUACAGGUCCAGGGGCGGCGUGUACAGUGUACUGGUGAGUUAUGAUAUAGAUGAGCCUAG